UAUUACCAUAUGGUUGAAGAAGGUCCUAGGGACGUCCAGCAUGCGGUCAAGUGUGAUCCUACGGGAAGUGUGGUAUCGAGAAGGCGGAUGACGUUCAGGCCCUACAGUAUACCUGUGUCAGGUGCUGCUCCCACACCUCAGCCGUCAUCGAGUUCAGGAAAUUCUGAGACGGAACAAACUACCUCUGGGUCAGCCCAAAUAAGUAAUUUGGGAAAGACAACGAGGAAGUGGGGGAUGUGGAGUAAUCUUGAAAUUAGUACUUUCUACGAUGGCAUUAAGCAGUUUGGUAAGGAUUUUGACCAAGUAGCAAAAUUAAUGGCUAAGAAGAAGAUGAACAAGGACAAAGAGCAAAUUCGGAACUAUUAUUAUAACUCCUUUAAGCUGCUCCGCUCAACUGCACAGUUUGAAGAUGAUGUGAUCAAUGAGUUCCCUCGUGAUGCUAGAGAGCUUUUCAUCGUUAUAAACGGUUUUGAAUGGAAGAAAAGAACUGAAGAUACGAAAAUUGAACCUGCGAAAUUGCGCCAACUUGUACUUGAGGGAUCAACUUCAUUGCGAAAUAAAAAAAAGAAGCAAAACCUGGUCAUUCGGACUCCAUUUUGCCCUUCGUUACAAAAAUUCUUUCCAGGCAAGAGAACUGAAGAACGAUUACCUUCUCAUGUGGUAAUUUGGCUUACUCCAAAAACGCAGGGUGAUCGGUAUUAUGUGGAAACGUGCGGGCAGAACCCUCUUUUAAGGAUUCGAAUUUCUGUAGGAGAGCAAAUUGCUCGUAUUUUUUUACUUUUGAAAGCAAAGUGGGUACACCGGAUUGCAAAACAGGAUAUUUUUCAACAAGAGGACAUUUCUUCCGAUACUGAAGAGUUGGACCUGGCUUUAUAUCCAGAUAAAACGACUAAAGUAGAAAGCGUCUUUUUAAAAUACUUGAAAGAGUCAUCAUCAUCUUUAAUCUCAUUAAAUAGGUUAAAAAAAGAACGCGUUUUAUCAUUUACGGAAACAUGCUACGACUCCGGUAAUUCCGAAAGUGGUGUUUGUCCUGCUAACUCGGUGGAAACAUCUGAACGAAAUACCGAGUCGGUUGUGGAAGAGACGGAUGAAGUACUUACUGAUGCGAACACCUUUACUUUAUCAGCAGUCCGAUUACGAUCUGGCUUAACUGAAAAAGUUGUUGGUAACGCCACAGUGACAGAACUGUUUUAUCUGUGUGGUAUGGAACGCGAUAUACGUUUGCAGUACUCUACUAAUCCUUUGAAAAGAAGCAGUGUCGAGCCUUGGAAUAUUUUUGUUUCUUUAAUAAAUCGUAAUUACGGGGAAAAUUUGUGCAAGGUUCUUUCUGAGCCAGACGAAGCGGAAAUCUCUCAUAGUUUUUCCCUAGUAGAAGAGGGGUCCCGAAAAAGGAGGGCAUCGUCUUCUGUUCAUUCUGAGGCCUUGAAGCAGCCACCAGUGAUUCCGACCAAACAGGUUCUUCCUGCUGCGUCUGAAACAAGUACUGAAGCUGCUGUUAUUGUGCAUGACCAUGUAGUUGAAUCUGAAAAUAACGCAUUCAAGCUACAGUUUGAAAGCAUGCAGCAGUCCAGAAAACGUGGAAGGUCACUGGUUCAGCGAGGAGCCCCUUCAAAACAGCCCGUUCAGCUUAGUUCAUUCGUCACAGCUUUAAAGCCUUCCGGUUCUGGUGUUUCUGGUCCUGACUGCUAUUUCGUCUCUGCUCAGGACUUAGCUAAUGCACAGCAGAAGAACAGUGGACAGCUUAUUGACUUCUCUUCAAUCGCAUCAGUGAAGAAAAAUUGUGGAGACUCAACGAACACAGUCAACACGUUUCAGAACUGUUUGACGAGUUCGACCCCGAACACAAGCUUUGCUGCAGAGGUGUUACCUUCAACUGGUUUCCACAACGAUGAGGCUGCGAAUGAUAGCUUUUUUUCACAAUUUGAAUCAGGAAUUGUUAUACCUAGUAGCAACGAUGGGCACUUGUUUAAUGCGAAAGCAGUGGAGUCAAACUCGACUCAUAAAACUUUAACAGAACUUAGUGCUGUAGAAUUCUCUGGUAACAGUUCGCAUAUAGACUUGACGCCGAUUAAAGGCACAAGCAACUUGCCAGAAGACGUUCGCCAUUCUUUCGAAAUGAUGAUGCAGCAGAACAGUGUAGACUACUGCCGCAAUUUUGAACAGUUGAUUACGUCAAUUGAAACCCCAAAGAAGUUGCCAUAA